AUGUCUAUUUCAACAAAGUUCUUAACUCUAAAGACUUGCGAUGGUAAGGAAUUUGUACACGAAGAGGCGAUAGUCGUAAGUUCACAAACUAUCAAGAAUAUGGUUGAAGAUGAUUGUGUUUCAAAUGCCAUUCCUCUGCCAAAUGUUCAUAGCAAAACAAUGACCAAAGUGAUCGAAUACUGGAAGAAACAUUUGGAGGAUGGCGUCUCCAAAGACAUGUUGAUGGAUUUUGACAAGGCUUUUGUGAAUGUGCACCACUCAAUUUUGCAUGCUCUUAUCUUAGCUGCUAAUUUUCUUAACGAUAAGGAGAUAUUGUAUAUGAUGUGUCAAGAAGUUGCUGAUUGGAUUAAAGAAAAAACACCAGAAGAAAUACGUAAAGAAUUUGAUAUCAAGAAUGAUUAUACUCCAGAGGAAGAAAAGGAGAUACAUAAAGAGAAUGAUUGGCCUUUGAAUGAUUUUAUAUGGUUCAAUAUUGGAAGAAAUAUUGAUGGCAAAAAAAUGACCAAAGUGGUUCAAUAUUGGAAGAAAUAUUUAGAAGAAGGUGUUACGGAAGAUCAGUUAAAGAGUUUUGAGCAGGAUUUCUUGAAGAUGAGCCAAUCAGAAUUAGUUGGUGUUCUCUUGGCUAAUAAUUUUUUUGAUGAUAUGCAGUAG